UCGAAUAAGACUAAGCCAGAGAGAGAUAAGUCAUAUAGAUCGUUGAGACUGUACGCAAAAUGGCCGGAGAAGAAUCAGGGAAUCCACCUUCGACGCCUGAAUCUCCGACAUCUGCAGGAUUCAACACGGAUCAGCUGCCGCCAAACACCAGCCAUACAUCCGAGAAUUUCACUGACGAAGACGAUGAGGCCGCAGUCGAUCCUCAUGUCAUCAGAGACGAGCCUGAAGACCUCGAGGAGGAGGAGGAAGGAGAGGACCUCUACAACGACAAUUUCAUGGAUGAUUACCGCCAGAUGGAUGAGCACGACCAGUACGAAUCACUGGGGAUCGAUGAUUCACUGGAGGACGAGAGGGAUAUCGACCGGAUCAUGGAGGAUCGUAGGGCUGCCGAGAUAGAGCUCGAUGGUCGUGAUGCUCGCGUCUCAAAUCGGAAGCUUCCUCAGCUUCUUCACGACCAAGAUUCGGAUGAUGGCAGCUACAGGCCUUCAAAGAGGUUUAGAGCUGAUUUCCGACCUCCAACUGCACAUAGAGGUAAUGAUGAUUCUGAUGCAAUGCAAAGCUCACCAGGAAGGUCACAGCAGGGAUACUCCAGGGAGGAUGUGCCAAUGACUGACCCGACAGAUGAUUAUAGAUAUGAGGAUGAGGAUACUGAAGAUGCUGAGUUCGAGAUGUAUCGCGUCCAGGGAACAUUGAGAGAAUGGGUUACAAGAGAUGAAGUCCGACGAUUCAUUGGCAAGAAGUUCAAAGACUUCUUGCUUACAUAUGUAAAUCCUAAGAAUGAACAUGGUGAUCUCGAGUACAUACGGCUGAUAAAUGAGAUGGUAUCAGCUAAUAAGUGUAGCUUGGAGAUUGAUUACAAACAGUUCAUCUAUAUCCAUCCCAAUAUUGCUAUCUGGCUGGCUGAUGCCCCUCAGUCUGUCCUAGAAGUAAUGGAAGAUGUUGGCAAAAAUAUCGUCUUUGAUCUGCAUCCAAACUACAGAAAUAUACACCAAAAGAUUUAUGUCCGCAUUACUAACUUACCAGUUUAUGAUCAGAUUAGGAACAUAAGGCAGAUCCAUUUGAACACCAUGAUCCGCAUUGGGGGAGUUGUGACUAGACGUUCAGGUGUUUUCCCCCAGUUGCAACAGGUAAAAUAUGACUGUAACAAGUGUGGCGCAAUAUUGGGACCAUUCUUUCAGAAUUCAUAUUCAGAAGUCAAGGUUGGUUCUUGCCCCGAAUGCCAAUCAAAAGGACCGUUUACUGUUAACAUUGAACAGACAAUAUAUAGGAACUAUCAGAAACUUACACUCCAAGAGAGCCCAGGAAUUGUGCCUGCUGGUCGACUUCCUAGAUACAAGGAAGUGAUACUGUUAAACGAUCUAAUUGAUUGUGCUCGCCCGGGAGAAGAAAUUGAAGUUACAGGUGUAUACACUAAUAACUUUGACUUAUCUUUAAACACAAAGAACGGAUUCCCUGUCUUUGCAACUGUGGUGGAAGCAAACUAUGUAACAAAGAAGCAGGACCUCUUUUCUGUAUACAAACUUACUCAGGAAGACAAAGAAGAGAUUGAAAAGCUAGCUAAAGACCCUCGAAUAGGAGAAAGGAUUAUCAAGUCAAUUGCCCCAUCAAUAUAUGGCCAUGACGACAUAAAAACUGCGAUAACCCUUGCAAUGUUUGGAGGCCAAGAGAAAAAUGUUGAAGGCAAACACCGAUUGCGAGGAGACAUCAAUGUUCUUCUGCUAGGUGAUCCAGGAACAGCAAAGUCUCAGUUUCUUAAGUAUGUUGAAAAGACUGGGCAGAGAGCUGUGUAUACUACUGGUAAGGGAGCUUCUGCUGUUGGGCUAACGGCAGCAGUGCACAAGGACCCAGUGACAAGGGAGUGGACUCUUGAAGGAGGUGCCCUUGUUUUAGCUGAUCGAGGAAUUUGCUUAAUUGAUGAGUUUGACAAGAUGAAUGAUCAGGACAGGGUGAGUAUCCAUGAAGCAAUGGAACAGCAGAGUAUUAGCAUAUCAAAAGCUGGUAUCGUUACUUCUCUACAGGCUCGCUGCUCUGUCAUUGCUGCUGCAAACCCAAUUGGCGGAAGGUAUGAUUCUUCGAAAACAUUUUCACAGAAUGUUGAGUUGACAGAUCCCAUCCUUUCCCGUUUUGACAUCCUCUGUGUUGUCAAGGAUGUAGUUGACCCUGUCACAGAUGAGAUGCUUGCGAAGUUCGUCGUUGAGAGUCAUUUCAAAUCUCAACCAAAGGGUGCUAACAUGGAUGAUAAGUCUUUAAGCGAACUCCCGGAGGAUAUUGAAGCCUCAGCGAGGCCAGUUGAUCCAGAGAUACUUCCUCAAGAUUUGCUGAAGAAAUACAUUACAUAUGCUAAAUUAAAUGUUUUCCCAAGGUUGCAUGACAAAGACAUGGUGAAGCUAACUACUGUUUAUGCCCAACUGCGGAAAGAAUCCUCGCAUGGACAAGGAGUCCCUAUUGCUGUGAGGCAUAUAGAGUCAAUGAUCCGGAUGUCUGAAGCACAUGCUAGAAUGCACCUCCGACAGCAUAUCAUUGAAGAAGAUGUUGACAUGGCGAUCCGGGUCCUUCUUGAUUCAUUCAUCUCAACACAGAAGUUCGGAGUGCAGAAAGCUCUUCGUAAGAGCUUCAGGCAUUAUAUUACAUAUAAGAAGGAUUAUAAUGGACUGCUGCUCAGACUUCUUAAAGAGCUUAUAAAGAAUGCAUUGAAGUUCGAAGAAAUUGUUUCUGGUUCCACUUCAGGGCUCAGCAAAAUUGAGGUGAAGAUAGAAGAUCUCCAGAUGAAGGCACAGGAAUAUGAAAUCACUGAUCUGAAGCCUUUCUUUUCAAGUACUGAAUUUUCUGGUGUCAGCUUUGAGUUGGAUCAAGAGCGUAGAGUAAUCAGGUGUCCCCGAAGGUUAAUUACUUGGUAGGCCACUUGCUAGGCUCCUUAGAGGGGACUUGUACGAAAGAAAUAUUGGGAUGGAAAUCACCCCUGAUUAUUUUGUAAAAAUUUUCAGCAGGUUAUGGUGAGUACCUUGCUAGGAAUCAUACUGCAGUAUUGCCUCUGAUCUCGUACCCUAAUUAAGUAUUUAGUUAUUGAGAAUAACUAAUUUUUUUUUAUAAUUAUUAUCAUAAUGAUAAUCUUUGGAUUAGUCUUUUACGUUCUAUUUAUAGAGAGCCACAAACUGGAUCACUAGUUAUUAGUGCUCUGAUCUGUUAGUUUCUGAGUUCAAUUUAAAAUUUAUUAUUGUAGUGAGGAGAGGCUUAGACUGAAGUGAG